UUAGAUUCAUUACGCUAGCUGUUCGGUAGUACACUCUCCCGCAGACGAUUGCGGCCUCACUCAACAUAUUAGAGCUUAAAACCCUUCUCUGCUUGUAGCCAUUUCAGUUCGAAGCUCCAGAAUUCUGUAGAUUCUUCUAUCGAAGAUACAGAGAUGGCUUUCCUAAACAGAAUCGGGAACUUGCUAAAGCAAAACAUCGGCAAGCAUGUUUCUUCAAAUUUAUCUGCCUCGAAUCCCUCACUUUUUCAGGCAGUAAGAAGCAUGUCCUCAUCAUCAAAGCUCUUUGUUGGAGGUCUCUCUUACAGCACAGAUGAAAUGAGUUUACGAGAGGCUUUCUCUCAGUAUGGGGAAGUGGUUGAAGCCAGAAUUAUCAUGGACCGUGAGACUGGAAGAUCACGAGGAUUUGCAUUCAUUACUUUCACGUCAACUGAGUCUGCUUCCAGUGCCAUCCAAGCAUUCGAUGGGCAGGAUCUACACGGGCGUAGGAUCAGGGUGAACUAUGCUACAGAAAAGCCUAGGGGUGGAGGUUUUGGAGGUGGAUUUGGUGGUCCCGGAGGUGGUUUCAAUUACGGCGGUCAGGGUGGUAACUACAACCGCGGAGGAGGGUAUCAGGGAGGCGGAGGAUAUGGUGGCGGGGGCGGCGGCGGCUUUGGUGGAUACGGUGGUGGCAGCCAAUACCCUGAUGGUGGAUACCAAGGCGGAGGCGGUGGAUUUGGAAACAGCCCCCAGUAUCCCACUGGAGGUGGCGGUGGCUUUGGUGGUGGGGACAACUACCCUAGCGGCAGUGGUGGUGCUGAUUAUCUACAAAGUGGUGGAAACAAUGCUGGCACUGGCGGCUACUAUUCCGGCAACCCGACUGGCUUUGCUGAGAUAAACGAACAAAGAAGCCAGAUCGAGGAUUUUAAGCCUGAUGUGGUGGAUGAGAAUGGCAGGGAUGGGUUUGAUGCUGCUGAGAACAACAACGAUUUUCAGGUGGAUGCCAUGGAUGAACAUGAAAAACAGCAGGGAUGGCGGUGAGGAUGAUGGGUCGGAAUCGAAUCGAGUCGGAUACUGCAGGUAUGUUCUUUUUUUGUCAUAAGAAACUGGUUUAGUUCUUUUUAUUUAGCCAGCCAAUAUUUUCGAAUAAUCAUCUUGGAUUGUGGAUGUCUUCUCCGCUUAAUUUCUUUGAAAUUUUGAUGAUAUGUUCAUUUCUUUAUCUAUAUUUUGUUUUCUGGUUA